CGGUAAUAAUCCACGGUUCGCCAAAAGGUAGUCGGGCCUUAACUUAGAGUAGUUACGACUUACGUCCAUCGGUCCGUGGAUGAUGCACAGUAAAAAACAGGACGGAGCAUCUAGCCCUCAACAGACGCCGGUGGCUCGGUGAUGGAAUUAUGGAACAAUGGCGCCGAGAUAUAUAUGGCUUGACGCCCACCAAACUUGAACUAUUAGUUACUUAAAGCAAACGGAAUCAAGGAAGUGAUCACUGAUACCCAAGUACAGCAGCAAACAUGGAUGAUCAAGUCAAAAAUUUGAAGAUAUGUAUCGCUGGCGCUGGAAUGGGCGGUCUCUCCAGCGCCCUGGCACUUGCAAGAGCUGGGUUCCAAAACAUUGAGGUUUACGAAUUGGCUUCGGACCUUGGCUUUGUUGGAGCUGGCAUCCAGCUUGCUCCCAAUCUUGCCCGCAUCCUAGACAGAUUCGGCGUCUGGGACCCCAUCGAGCAGGAGUCUACGGGAAUUAAGGAGACGAGCAUCCGGGACGGUGCGACCGAUAAUGAAUUGGCUCAUGUCAUGAUGCCCGACAUCAGGCAGAUCUAUGGCUUCCCGCAUGGAACUGGGCAUCGAUACUCUCUUGCAACAGGACUCUAUGAAGGUUGUAAGAAAUAUAAUGCCAUCAAGUUCAUUUUCCGGACUGGCAUCAGCUCCGUGGAGUCAUGGUCACCGAAGCCGGUCUUCACGGUGACUCCACGCGACGGAGAGCCAUACACGAUCGAGGCGGAUAUUCUUCUUGGUGCCGACGGCAUUAAGAGCGCCACUCGCACAUCGAUGCUCGCACAUCUCAAAGUCGACGCGGAGAUUGUCGAGACGGGACAGGCCGCCUAUCGAAUCGUGUUGGACCGGAAAGACAUGGAGCACGACCCCGAGCUGUUAGAACUGAUUAAUUCCGACGGGGUGACGCGGUGGAUCGGGGAGAAGCGGCAUAUCAUCGCAUAUCCGAUCCAAAGCAAGACCAUCUACAACCUCUCGACCGUGCAACCGGACAACAAUUUCGCGGAAGCGCCGUCAAUAACAUACACGACGAAAGGGUCGAAGGAAGUCAUGCUAAAGGUGUUCGAGGACUUUUGUCCCAAGGUCCAGAAGAUGCUGAACCUGGUCCCAGAAGGAGAGGUGUGCGAGUGGCGUCUGCGUGUGUACGCUCCCUUGCCAACCUGGGUAUGCGGUUCGGUUGCUCUCGUUGGCGAUUCAUGCCAUGCCACCCUUCCUCACCUAAAUCAAGGGGCUGCCCAAGCCAUCGAAGAUUCCGCCGUUCUAGGAGUCGUGCUCGGUCGGCUGCCCGACGUCCGUCCAGAGUCCAUUAACAAAGCAUUGCAGAUAUACGAAUCCGUCCGUAAGGAGCGGGCGGAGACGCUCGUAGCAAUCGCUGCGGCUUCUGGUCGCGCCCUACAUUUGGGAUCGGGGGCGGCAAAGGAAGAGAGGGACAAGCAAUUCGCGGCCCUCAAAGCUGCUGGUGGGAAGGGACCGGUGCCAGACAAAUGGGCGGAUCCUGAGGUCCAGAAAGAGAUUUAUGGACAUGAUUGUACGAAGGAGGCGGAGACGGCGUUUCAGGAGCAGUUUAACAAGCUGUGAGAUGCGCUGCCAUCUCACACAAUCGACAAGGGGUUUAGAUCUGGAGUAUUAGAAAGCAAUGCUUGCCUGGAUGCAGUACUUUGAUAUGCCAGCGGAGACGAAGCAUCAUGGCCUAAACUACCACGGAAGCCUUUCCAUAACGACCAAGUAGAAACCCUGGAUAGUUUUUGAGGUGUACAUCAGAAUUCAGAACACAUCAUAUCCAAACCUGA